GAGAGGAAACAUGUUUUCGUGUUGACGACCUAGCCUGUACUCCAUCAACUACUAUCUGUAAUCUGUCUCAGUCUCUCUCUACGCAACCCAGCUGUACUAUGCAUAUUUUUAUUAUUUUUUUAAAAUUCUUCCAAUUUUCUUUUUAAUUCUUCCGUUUCUCCCUAUUCUCGAAACUGAUUGAUUUUACUCUGUAUUUGCCCAUUUCUGUAAAUCCCACUAUUCAUACGCGUUUUCACGCCCCAUAUUCAUAUUGACUAGCUCAGAUAGAAGAUCUUUCUCGCAACAAUGGAGUUGGGACACAGUUUCUGUCUUUCAUUUUUUCUGCUUUUAUCUCUUUCGCUAUUUGCAGGCUUUUCUUCAUCCAGUUCUAUCUCAGAUGGUGUUUUUGUUUCUCAAUCUUCCACUGGGAGGAGCCUCCUUCAGGCUAAGAAAGCAUGCCCGGUUAACUUUGAGUUCCAGAAUUACACCGUGAUCACGAGCCAAUGCAAAGGACCACAAUACCCCCCGAAGCUAUGUUGCGGGGCUUUCACAGAAUUUGCUUGUCCUUACGCGGAGUACUUGAAUGACCUGACAAACGAUUGUGCUUCUACGAUGUUUAGUUACAUCAACCUGUAUGGCAAGUACCCGCCCGGGCUCUUCGCCAACGAGUGUAAAGGAGAUAAGCUAGGCCUCGCGUGCCCUGCACAAUCGCCAUCGCAGAUAUCUAAUGAUCACAGUGGCGCUUAUAUCAACUGUAAACCGUCUUCCAUGCUAGUGUUUGCUGCAACGUUCCUAGUUUUGUUAGCCCGGUUUAUCUGAAGCUGGGUAUUAUACUGAAAUGUUUAAAACUGUAUGUGAGGCUUGUAUUUUUCGACAGUAGAGCUUAAUGCAUAUUUGUAUUAUUACACAAAAUGUGUGUAUUUAAAAUCUUGGAAGUCAAAAUUCUUUUGGUGACAUUAUUGUUUAAGACAGUGCAAAUAUUCAGUAAGAUUUUGUUUGUUGAUUGAUCUUUAA